UCCCACUGCCUCUGACCCACCAUUCGAAAAGCAGACAUGAUGGAAGCGGAUCGCCCAGAGAAGCUUUUCGUUGGGGGCCUCAACCUCAAAACCGACGACAAAGCCCUCAAGGCUGAGUUUGUCAAGUAUGGCCGCAUCAUCAACGUUUUCCUGAUGAAAGACCGAGAAACCAACAAAUCGAGGGGCUUUGCGUUCGUCACCUUCGAAAGCCCUGCAGAUGCCAAGGCCGCAGCCAGAGAUCUGAAUGGCAAGUACCUUGAUGGUAAGGCCAUCAAGGUGGCCCGGGCCAUCAAACCAGCAUUCAAGAGCAGCCGGUGGGGGCCGCCGCCCCCCGGCAGCAGCAGUCGCUCGAGGUUCCCACACGGAACCCGUGGGUGUGGCAGCAGCCCACAGCGACCCCACUCCUGGGGCGGGCCUGAUGAUGGCCACGGCUACGCGGGGUAUUUUGACCAGUGGCCCUACAGGGCCCCGAUGCCCAGGAAGCGUGGGCCACCGCCACAGCGCUGGGCCAGCCCACUCCGCAAGAGGGCCGCGCCGUCGAGCCUGGCUCGCAGCGUUGGCAGUGCAAUGCGCGGGAAGGCCCUAGCUGUGUGGGGGCGAGAUGGCUACUCAAGCGUGCAGCUGCAGCGCUGGGCGGGCCCACCCCGCAAGAGGGCUGCGCCCCCGUCGAGCCUGGCUCGCAUUGGUGGCGGUGGAAUGUCUGGGAAGGCGCCGGCCAUGUGGGGGCGAGAGGGUUACUCAGGCCCACUGCUCCGGGAGCCACUGUCCCGCUGCCGCGACCCCGGGGAUUUUAUCUCCGCGCUCAGAGAGUACAGCCGCCGCUAUUAUAGCCACUCCAGUGUCCGGGACUACUGUCCCUUGAGAGGCUAUGGCAAGCAAAACAGCUACAGGGGUUGCGACCGUGACUACGUGGAUCAUCCCAGCAGAGGCUCCUACCGAGAGCCCCUCGAGAGCUACAGAGGCCCGUGCCGCGCCACCCCUGGGCGGGGGACACCGCCAUCUUACGGAGGAGGAUACCGAGGCCGCUAUAAGGAGUACCUGGGCAGCUCGCCCGACGCCUACGGUGGGGGCCGCAACAGUUCCAGCAACAGUUACGGCCGGAGCGAUAGCUACUCGAGAGGUCGAGAUCGGGUAGGCACACCGGAUCUUGGGCUCCCUCUGCCCAUGGAAAGGAGCAGCCCUCCCCUGCAUGAUUCUUACAGCCGGUCGAGCUGCAGGGUGCCCAGGGGUGGAGGCCGUCAAGGAGGCCGCUUGGAGAGAGGGGAAGGCUGGAGCAGAUACUAA